UGCGAUGACGAGACCGCCGCGCCAGCGGAGUGCAACACGCGCCACCCGGCAUUAGCGCGGACCGCCGCACGCGUCGUGCGGUCGCCAUGUGGUCGCCGGCCACCGUACGCCUGUUGGUGUUCAUCGGCUUUUACGUGUCGUUCUUGGCCGUCGGAGCAUUCGUGUUCUCCGCCAUCGAGGCGCCGGAGGAAGCUGCUCGGGUCAGGGAGCUCAAGGACCUCCGGCAAGAUUUUCUCGACGGGCACACGUGUGUCGGAGAUGACUCAAUGGAGAAUUUUAUAAAAGAAGUUUUAUCUGCUAGUAACAGAGGGGUUUCAGCAGCUAAAAAUGUUUCGGGAGAACCAAACUGGAGUUUUGGCCAAUCUUUAUUUUUCGCUUGCACCGUAAUAACAACUAUAGGUUACGGUCAUGUCACUCCGCUAUCUCAAGAAGGCAAGUUGUUUUGCAUGCUCUACGCGCUUUUCGGUAUACCCUUGACACUGGUGCUGUUGACUGCACUGGUCGACCGGUUGAUGAUACCUACGACAAAGUACCUGCACUUCCUCAACAGCCGUCUUGGACAUUUAUAUCCGCCGUUUACUAUCCGGUUGUUACAUUUCGGCACUAUACUCGGCACGUUGAUAUUUCUGUUUCUACUGCUUCCCGCGGCGAUGUUCACAUAUUUGGAGCCCGAGUGGAACUACAUGGAUUCAUUGUACUAUUGUUUUAUAUCACUCACAACCAUUGGUCUCGGAGACUACAUCCCGGGCGACGCGCCAGACCAGAAGUACAGACCUCUCUACAAACUAAUGAUAACCGGUUACCUGGUCGUGGGGCUCGUAUGUGUCAUGUUAACGCUAUCUAUUUACUACGACAUCCGGCAAUUAAACUUUGGUGUGCUCUUCAUGUUGGAAAAUGACGAAACCCGUUCGAUUGACCCAGAAAAAAUGCAUUUACAAGAACCUGGAACGAACAGGACCAAGUACACAAAUGAAAAAGAUUCACCCACAAGCUUGGAGGAUACCACUCCAAUACACAGCAUUCCUUAAAAUUAGGUUGAAAUAAUAAUUAUAACCAAUAAUGAUUUCUGCUGUAUACAAUGAUGACAGUUACCUAUAUUCGACCAAAACCAAAAUCUCUAUCCAAAAACAAAUUAUUACAAUAAUUAUUAAUUAUAUUAUAUUAAUAUAUUAUUAUUGUUAUUACCUUUAGAUUAUAAAUG